CAAUUAUUUUUUUGGUAAGACCUUGGUCAGAUUGCUGCUCGCCACAGCCGUUUGUUCAGCGUGCUGACGCGCGCUUUGUAGAAGCAUCGCUGCAUCCGAGUGCCCGGGACAGCGAAACUGCACGCCAAAAACGCGGAGGCCUCACUUUUAGCCCCAGAAUUUGUCGAUAGUCGACAAUGCUCCGCCGCCUCGCCGCCGUCGGCGGCCGGCGCGCAACGGCGAGGCCGCUCUCCGCCCUGCCGCGCAGCGACGACGACGACGCGCCCUUCUGCUCCUCGACCGCGGAGCAGCCGCACGCCACGUACCCGCGCUUGUUCAGUCCCCUCACCUUGCCGUGCGGCCUUGAAAUCAGGAACCGGUCUUUGAUGGGCUCGAUGCACACCGGCUUGGAAGAGCACAGAGGCCUCAAAGAAAUGGCCGCGUUCUACGCGGAACGCGCGAAAGGCGGUGCUGGACUCAUUGUUACCGGAGGCGUGGCUCCCAAUAGGGAAGGCUGGGUGCUGCCGCUCGCGGGCAAGAUGUCGACUGUAGCCGAGGCCGAGGAGCACAAAGUCGUUACUGAUGCGGUCCACGAGAACAACGGUAAGAUCGCCUUGCAAAUACUACACGCGGGACGGUACGCCUACCACCCCUUCGCCGUCGCUCCGUCCAAGAAGAAGGCACCAAUUAACGUGGUCACGCCGCGGGCUUUGUCAGAAAAAGACGUACAAUCUACUAUAGACGACUUUGCGCGCACGGCAGCGCUAGCGAGGAGCUGCGGCUACGACGGUGUGGAGAUCAUGGGCUCGGAGGGUUAUCUGAUAAACGAGUUCCUGGCCGAGCGCACGAAUCAACGGGGAGAUGCGUAUGGCGGGUCCUUCGAGAACCGGAGUCGUUUAGCUCUAGACGUGGUACAAGCCGUAAGAAAAGCCGCGGGCCCGGACUUUGCGGUGGUCUUCCGGCUGUCCAUGCUGGAAUUAGUUGAAAACGGCAUGGCCUUCGGCGAGGUCGUCGAGCUAGCUCAUUUGUUGGAUGCUUGUGGUGUGGACAUCCUCAACACGGGCAUCGGCUGGCACGAAGCUAGGGUGCCGACGAUCGCCACUUGUGUUCCUAGAGGUGCGUUCGCGUUUGCGACUACUAAUGUGCGAGAAGCUUUGUUAUCAAAGUACGGGCAAGCACCGCUCAUGUGCGCCACGAACCGCAUCAACAGCGCCGAAACGUGCGAAGACGUGCUGGAGCAAGGUGCGGACGUCGUUUCCAUGGCGCGGCCCUUCCUCGCCGACUCUAGCAUUAUCGAGAAGGCCUUUCAUGGAAGGGAGGAUGAGAUCAAUACGUGCAUUGCCUGCAACCAGGCUUGUUUAGAUCAUACCUUCAAGAUGAUGCCCGUGUCGUGCCUGGUGAAGCCCUGCGUGGAAAUCAAACAGUGAACGCCGUCGAGCAGACGCAAUUACGAGGAUGACGUCGCGUCGAUGGCGUGGGGCGCCCGAAAUUCGAUAUCCACACAGGUCAACCCGCGCGCCGGCCACGAGACGUCGCUCGAGUUGACGAGGACGGCGACGCCUCUGAAGGUUGCCGUCGUCGGCGCCGGGCCGGCGGGCUUGAGCGCGGCGUGCGCUCUCGGUGAACGGGGCCACCGCGUGACGCUGUUCGAGCAAUCGGAACGGGUGGGCGGCCAGUUCCUGCUGGCCGCGGCGGUGCCGGGCAAAGAGGAGUUCUGGGAGACGCUGCGCUACUUUCGCACGAUGCUCGACGUGCAUUCUGUGGAUGUGCGGUUGAAUACGUAUGUGGAUGCGUCGACCGUGAAAGACUUUGAUAGGGUAGUGGUGUCGACGGGCGUGCGGCCGCGGGUCGUCGAGGGCCUCGCGUCGUCGGCGAACGUCCGCGUCCACUCGUACGCCGACGUGCUCUCGGGCGCGACAAAAGUCGGCCCGCGCGUCGCCGUCGUCGGCGCGGGCGGGAUUGGAUUCGACGUGUCCGAGUUCCUCACGCACCGCUCGGGCGACGACUUCUACGGCGAGUGGGGCGUCGACCUGUGUAGAAAGCAACCAAUGUGUUGGGUACGCUCAUUCGAAGCACCGCGACAAUUUGAUCUCCACACAGGCGUCGACACCGCGCCGCGCGGCUCGGGUUUAGCUGAGCCAUCGAAUGUGGCGCCGCCGCGGACUGUGUACUUGCUCCAGCGCAAGGCGACGCCGCUCGGCGCCGGAUUGGGCAAGACGACGGGCUGGAUUCACCGCAAGGCGCUGCGCCAGCGCGGCGUCGACUUCCUGCGCGGCGUGACGUAUAAACGAGUCGAGGCCGACGGUUUCCGCAUCGAAGUGGCCGGCGCGGAGCGCGUCCUCGACGUGACGGACGUCGUGCUCUGCGCGGGCCAGACGUCCGUCGACGACUUGUUCCGCGAGCUCCGGAAUGAUCCAAAAUUUCCAGUGUAUGCCAUCGGCGGUGCCGAGCACGCCGGCGAGUUGGACGCCAAGCGCGCCAUCGACCAGGGCGUGCGCCUCGCGACGCGGAUCGAGGACGCCGCGCCCGGAUCCGUGUUCGGCAUGCCGGUCGGGUGGCAGGCGGGCGCGCUGGAGUGGCUCCAGCGGAACGUCAUGAAGAAAUGAGUCCUCAGGCUGUGUUUAUAAUGUGCUCUUUUUAACCUGU